ACUGCACACAACAAUAUGGUGUCUGCUAUGGAAGAUCUCUCGAAAUUCGAGCAGGAAAUUUUCCAGAGAAUCAGUAAGAAUGAGGUGUCCGAGCUCAAGACAUUGUUGGCACAGGAGAAGAUCAAAAUGGAUUUUAUCGAUGAGAAUGGUAUGAACCCGCUCCAACACGCCUGCUAUAAGGGAAAUAAGGAAAUUGUGCAGCUACUCCUCGAUCAUGAUGCUGACGUAAAUGCGUGUCUACACGAACACGCAUAUACUGCUCUUCAUUUUGCUGCUUUAAGCGGAAAUGCUGAAUUAUGUCAUCUCUUGAUGUCAUAUGGAGCAUGCUUGACAGCACAGAACAGCGUAGGCAGGACAGCUGCACAAAUGGCAGCGUUUGUGGGAAAUCAUAACUGUGUGGCGACUAUUAAUAAUUUUAUCCCAAAAGCUGAUAUAGAUUAUUACAUUAAGCCGCAGGGUUUGCAGACUGAACCCAUGCUACCACCAUAUCUAGCAGAUUAUUUUCAUAAAUUUAUAAUACAGAUUAAUGUGAAUCCUGUACGUGUGUGCAUGAAUUUACAAAAACUUCCCGCACUUCUAGAAAAUGCAGCAAAAAUACAAAAAGUAUUAGAAUCCAUGCGUAAUAGAGAAAUGACUCGAGGUGUUGAAAUAAACGAAAUAAUGGCCUUUAAGUACCAUUAUCUCAGUUGUGUUGUUGCCGAGGUAUUAAAAUGUCAGAAACGCCAGGAAGCGAUGAAGGCAGAGAAAGUUGAGAAGUGGUGCAACAGGAGUAACGAAAAAAAGCCCGACACUGUAGAAUUUCUGAUACGAAGAUUCUUGAAGUGCAACAAAACCGACAGCUUACCGGAAUAUCAAGAAGCAUUUUUGAAGGAUUCUGUAAGAGAAUUUCCAUUCAGAGAAAGCACAAUUUUCCGUCAGAUAGUUGCUACAUUGGCAAGCACAGAUCCACCGUCCACCGUUUCUGUAAUCUCAGCUGCAAUUAAUGGACAACGAGGAUUCUUUGAUGGCGUCCAUACUUGCGUGACCUGCGGUGAGGACAAGGCUACCAAAAAGUGUAGCAAAUGCAAAGCGGUGCAAUAUUGUGACAGAGAAUGUCAGAGAUUACAUUGGUUCAUGCACAAAAAAGCGUGUGCUAGAUUGGGUCAAUCCUCGGCAAACAACUGAAAAGGAAAGCUCAUGGAUGUAGAUAAAGAACAGAUCAGCAACGCUGUCGACUCCAGACUACAGAACCUAGCUGUUAAAUAAAUAUGUGUACAAAUUUAGCAUUUCAUCUGGAAUGCAUUAUACUCGCAGAUGUUUAUUUUUUCCUGUAUAUAGCUGUUCUAUGUAGAAUUUUUGGAUCCCCGUAGGAUUGUGCCUAUCAUAUCUGUGGAAGCUAACAUUAUUGUGUAAGUAACAAUUAUUUGCAAAUAUGUAAAUUUUCGUUUAAUCCAUCGUGCGUUUAUAUCGAUGUCUCUUUCGACUUUUCGAUGAUUCUUUCGACUUUUCAAUACUUGACAAUCAUUUAAAAAAUCCAGGAAAA